GUCAGCCCACUCUCCAUCCUCAAGUGGAAGAGAAUUAUCAUAUCAAGUGAAAGUGCACAAUGUCCACCCCCAUGGAUACCCCAAGUCCAACCCAAAGGACUCGAUGAAGUCUACCUGGCGCACCGCUGACAAGAAGACAUGGAACCACAACCACUGGGCGAUUGAUUUGCUCAACGUCCAUCCCACCGACAUCACCAAGGAGGUGCCUGUCCACGCAAAAAGCGACAAACUGCCCUACAUGCCUCAGUUGAGCCUCAAUAUCUGGGUGCUCUUCUAUGCGUCCCUCCCACUUCUCUUCCAUCAAGCCUACGCUGCCUACAUGGGGAAGAACCUUGGCCCGAUCGCCGUCUUCAACCUUUACUUCAUGGCGAUCAACCUGACGGUGAUCUACCAGGUGCACCUACUCCGCCGCAUGGGUCACAAGUUCGGCUUCCUCGACGGUGAUCAACAUGAGCGGGAUGGCGUACCAGACGUGGGGAUUGCCAAGGUUGUCGCUUCGCUCUACAAGACCACGGGCUCGCGCCUAGCCUUGUCGACCUACCUAUCCUACAACAUGGACAUGCUGCCGUCCCACAUGAACUGGCUGGUUCUUCCUCUAGAGAUUGGCCUAUACGGUAUCGUGCUCGACUUCUGGUUCUACUGGUACCACAGAAUGAUGCACGACGUGGGCUUCCUGUGGAAGUACCACCGCACACACCACUUGACGAAGCACCCAAACCCACUUCUGGCAGCGUACGCAGACCACGAGCAGGAGUUCUUCGACAUGGUGGGCGUGCCGAUCAUGGCAUACGCUACGCUGAAACUCGUCGGCCUACCUAUGGGUUUCUUCGAGUGGUGGGUCUGCCACCAGUAUGUGGUGUUUGCCGAAGUCUUCGGACACAGCGGCCUGCGCGUGCACAUGACCGUGCCAUCGACCGUGAGCUGGCUACUGCAGAUGUUUGAUGCUGAAAUCGUCAUCGAGGAUCAUGACCUGCACCAUCGUAAGGGUUGGAGAAAGAGCCACAACUAUGGCAAGCAGACUCGUCUGUGGGACCGUAUCUUCGGUACUUGUACUGGCCGGAUUGAGUCGGUGGAAGAGAACGUUGACUACUCGACUACGGUGAACAUGCCACUGUUUUAGCCAACUAUAGGGGCGAGUGCUAUACAUAUGGAUUGGUGGGAAGGUAGAAACUGACGGGAAGGCUAUGGUCAACCGGGCAGAGCGAAGUCCACUUUCUUCAAAACCAAACACACAUCAACGACUAUAUGACUAUUUGUGAGAGUGAGAGGGAAUGUC